AUGAUAAACACUGAAAAAACUCUCUGAGAACUGUGUGGGCGUGGUCUGAGUAUUCUAAUGAGUGUGCAUGACUGACAGCUGUCUUUAACAAACCAAUGUAUCUUUACGUUACCAUGGCAAUGCAUACAACCUUGAGAGGAAGUAGCAUAACUGUAACAUAACGUAACGUAAUGUUAUAUUCGGAUAAUUUGCUAACUUGUUGGUUCCAGUUGCUCAGAUCUGGGUUUAGAUUUAAAUCUGUGUUUAAGUCUGAGUUUAAAUCUGGGUUUGAGUGUGGGUUCAAAUUUGAAUUUAAGUCUGGGUUUAUAUCUAGGUUCAACUCUGGGGUUAGGUCUGGGUUCAAAUCUGCGUAUAAGUCUAAGUUUAAAUCCUGGUUUAAGUCUAAAUUUAAAUCUGGGUUUAAAUCAGGUUAUAAAUGUGGGUUUAAGUCUAAGUUUAAAUCCAGGUUUAAAUCUGGGUUAAAAUCUGGGUACAAAUCUGGGUACAAAUCUGGGUAUAGAUCUGGGUUUAAAUUUGGGUUUAAGACUGGGUUUAUAUCUGGGUUUAAAUCUAGGUUCAAGUCUGGGUUUAAAUCUAAGUUUAAGUCUGGGUUUAUAUCUGGGUUUAAAUCUGGGUUUAGAAUAAAAUCUGGGUUAAGGCCUAUGUUUAAAUCUGGGUUUAAGUCUGGUUUAAAUCUAUCAGGGUUUAAAUCUGUAUUUAAAUCUAGAUAUACUGUUUAUCUGUGUUUAAUCUGGGUUUGGGUCUUGGUUUAAAUCUGUGUUUAAAUCUGGGUUUAGAUUUAAAUCUGGGUUUAAGUCUGGUUUAAAUUUGGGUUUAUAUCUGGGUUUAGGUCUGGGGUUAGGUCUUGGUUUAAAUCUGGGUAUAAAUCUAAGUUUAAAUGUGGGUUUAAGUCUGAGUUUAAGUCUGGGUUUAAAUUUGAAUUUAGGUCUGGGUUUAAGUCUGGGUUCAUAUCUAGGUUUAAGUCUGGGGUUAGGUCUGGGUUCAAAUCUGGGUAUAAAUCUAAGUUUAAAUCUGGGUUUAAGUGUAAGUUUAAAUCUGGGUUUAAAUCCAGGUUUAAAUCUGGGUUUAGGUUUAAAUCUGGGUUAAAAUCUGGGUACAGAUCUGGGUAUAGAUCUGGGUUUAAAUUUGGGUUUAAGCCUGGGUUUAUAUCUGGGUUUAAAUCUAGGUUUAUAUCUGGGUUUAAAUCUAGGUUUAAGUCUGUGUUUAAGUCUGGGUUUAUAUCUUGGUUUAAAUCUGGGUUUAGAUUUAAAGCUGGGUUUAAGUCUAGGUUUAUAUCUGGGCUUGAAUCUGGGUUUAGAUUAAAAUCUGUGUUAAGGUCUAUGUUUAAGUCUGGUUUAAACCUAUCAGGGUUUAAAUCUGUGUUUAAAUCUAGAUAUACUGUAUAUCUGGGUUAAAUCUGGGUUUAAAUCUGGGUUUAGAUUCAAAUCUGUGUGAGGGCAGCGUGCCGCUUCACUAUCAGUGCCCUUAUAAGGGGUUUACUUCCUCUUCUCUUCAGCUCUCACCUUCACUUUCCCAGAAAUGAAACCACACAGCAGCCAAUCGGUUGUGAGAACCAGCUCACAGCCAGCCAAUCAGGGCGUGGGAGGCGUUGAUAAAUAGAGAAGCAUGUCUGCUCACGCUCAGAUCAGAACUCAGAGUAACAGAAUCAGUACUAAUCAUGAGGCCGAUUCUGCAGAACAUCCAGAUCCUGUACGUUAGUAACGGCGGUGAGGAACCGUACGUGGAGAUCAUCACCGUGCGAAAGUCUGCACGCUCCAGGAGUGUGUGCAGCUCCAGGAGUGUGUGCAGCUCCAGGAGUGUGUGCAGCUCCAGGAGUGCGCGGAGUGUGUGCAGCUCGUGGAGUGAGUGCACGUCUGAAGACGAGGAGGCCGAGGACACUCUUCCUGUUCUAAACCAGAAAAGCUCCAUCCUGCAGGAACAUCACAUCCACAGCUUGGCGGGUGGCGUGCCGGCUCGGGUCCAGGGCACGGUGUGGGAGCUGGUGUACAGCACAGCGGAACACGGUACCAGCCUCCGAACCCUGUACCGCAAGACUGCACCCAUCGACCGACCCGUCCUGCUGCUCAUACAGGACAUUCACAACCAGGUGUUCGGGGCGUUCUCCUCCGACCCGUUCCGAGUGAGUAAUAGCUGCUACGGUACUGGAGAAACGUUUCUCUUCACCUUCGACCCGGAGUUUAAGACGUUCUGCUGGAGUGGAGAGAACUCGUAUUUCGUACGAGGGUUCCUGGACUCUCUGCAGAUGGGAGGGGGAGGAGGAGGUCCGUUCGGGUUGUGGCUGGACGCGGAUCUGUGCCGGGGUUCCACCUUCUCCUGCAACACUUUCCGGAACCAGCCUCUCUCCCCCCUGCAGGACUUCACCAUCCGGGCCGUGGAGGUGUGGACCUUCCUGUAGAAACCCGGCACCUAACCCGGCACCUAACCCGACACCCACUCUUCAGAGAGUGUAGCGGCGCUGUCGUUCGGAGAGUCCGACCUGCUAUUCCAGUCUGGAAUCGGAGCUCAGCGGUGGAGAACAGGUCUGAACAGGGUUCCUGAUGGUCCUGCGAGUUCUUCACCGUGCAAAUCCGCACUAGUCCGUUACGAGGAACGCCGGGAGCUGAAACCGUGCCAGCCUGCCAGCCUGGACACCUCCCGGCACCUCGCUUUAACACUACUGAGACUGAACUACUGACCCCCGUCCACCUGCCACCUGACCCGGCGCCCGACACGGCACCACCGGAACUGUUUACAUUAGCGAGAGACUGUAAUAACGGCGGGUAAACGGAUUUACGAGGAGUUACGAGGAAUGUGAGCAUUUGACAUGUUCAGGUUUUUUUUUACAAUGAUAAAAAUACAUUUUGUAUUAAUUUUUUUUGUAUUGAGGGGAAGAAAUAAAACAUUUUGCACUUUUAAUGGUUCAUAAGUCGCUGUGGAUCAGUGCUGACACUGUGUCUCUGUAAUUCACAUUUUUUAUUAAAAUGAAUUAAAACAGAAAUAAUUCAUUA